AUGCUCGCCGGGUACAGCAGCACAGCGCGCCAACCUCAAGCCGUCUACUCGCGUUGGUCCAGCUACGACACGUACCUCGUCCACCCAUCCCCGCCCGCCGCCGCCGCCGUCCCGCGCUCGCCCGCCACGUCCGCGUUCUCGUUCGACGAGCUCGACGACCUGAUCGACUCGCACUCGAAGGGCGACCACUACGCGUUCACGCCGCCGACACCAUCGUCGUCGUGCACGACCUCGAGCGCGAGCGCCGCGACGUCGGGCAUCCAGGCGGGCGCCUCGAGCCCUCUUCCGACCGGGCUCGUCGUGCCCUCGCCAGACCAAGAGUUCGAGCUCGUGUGGCCCGUCGGCGCCCCCCCGUCGAGCAGCUCGUCGAGCCUUCGCAGCUCGCCGAACCCGUCCCCGGAGCUGCUCACCACGCCCCUGUCGCCGGCGUACCCUUUCCCGCGCAUGCGCACCUCGCCUCGGGCGGCGCUCGCUGCGUCCCAGGCGCGCUCGAGCACGUCUCCAGGCCUCGUGCACGACGAGCAGGUGCUCGACGCGUGGUCAGGCGACACGAUCCGGCCGCACUCGACGGCGCUGCGCCCGCCGCUUUUGUCGGCCUUCUCGACCUGGUCGUCGUCGCGCACGGACGACUCGAGCCGCGAGUCGGCGUCGGUCGGGUCUUCGAGGGAGGCGUACUCGAGCGGGCCAUCGAGGAGCCAGAGCUGGAGCGAGUGGGCCGACGAGGCGGUCGAGGGCAGCGGCGCGCCGGGUACCGCGGUCGGUGCGCCGUGGAGCGCCUCGACGGCGCUCUUUCCGGCGUGCAGGCGCUCGUCGAGUUCUCUCGGCGACGCACUCGCGCUCGUCGACGAUGUUCUGCCCCGGUGGGAGCACCUGGUCGAGACGGUGGACCCGACCGACGUGCGCGACAGCGAGGCGGCGCUCGAUGCGCACGAGGCCGGCGACGGCUUUCCUUGGGGAAACGACUGA